UCUCUAAUGCCAGCACCUCCUCCAGCUCGCGAGCUCCAGCCGAAGGAGAAGGGGGGUAAGUAAAGAGGUCCCUAUACCAUGGCUCGUACAAAGCAGACUGCCCGCAAAUCAACCGGCGGUAAAGCACCGAGGAAGCAACUGGCUACCAAAGCCGCUCGCAAGAGUGCGCCCUCUACUGGAGGGGUGAAGAAACCUCAUCGUUACAGGCCUGGUACUGUGGCACUUCGUGAAAUUAGACAUUAUCAGAAGUCCACUGAACUUCUGAUCCGCAAACUUCCCUUCCAGCGUCUGGUGCGAGAAAUUGCUCAGGACUUAAAAACAGAUGUGCGCUUCCAGAGUGCAGCUAUUGGUGCUUUGCAGGAGACAAGUGAAGCCUAUCUGGUUGGCCUUUUUGAAGACACCAACCUGUGUGCUCUCCAUGCCAAACGUGUGACAAUUAUGCCAAAAGACAUCUAGCUAGCACGCCGCAUACGUGGAGAAUGUGCUUAAGAAUCCACUAUGAUGGGAAACAUUUCAUUCUUUAAAAAAAAGAAUUCUCCUCCUGUUAUUGGUAGUUCUGAACGUUAGAUAUUUUUUUUCCAUGGGGUCAAAAAGGUACCUAAGUAUAUGAUUGCAAGUGGAAAAUAGGGGACAGAAAUCAGGUAUUGGCCGUUUUUCCAUUUUCAUUUGUGUGUGAAUUUUUUUAAUAUAAA